AUUUCUGCUUCAAGACACGCAUAAAGAGGUGUAGCUAUAGAUGCUCUCAAUGUCUAGAUGGAGCCCUCAGGCAUCCCAGAGUCCACCACUUCUCUUUAUUAUUACGAUACUAUGAGCAUUCUGUGUGAGAAGCAGAUCUUCACCUUUGCUGCCUUAAGCACCACCAUCCUGUACAGCCUGGUGUUCUUCCUCAGCCUGGUGGGCAACAGCCUGGUGUUGUGGGUCCUGGUGAAGUGUGAAAGCCUGGAGUCCCUCACCAAUAUCUUCAUCCUCAACCUGUGCCUCUCAGACCUGGUGUUCUCCUGCUUGUUGCCUCUGUGGGUCUUGGAAUACCACUGGGGCUGGCUGCUGGGAGACUUCCCCUGCAAGCUCUUCAAUAUGGUCUUUUCCAUCAGCCUCUAUAGCAGCAUCUUAUUCCUGACCAUCAUGACCAUCCACCGCUACCUGUCCGUGGUGAGCCCCCUCUCAUCCCUGCGAGUCCACACUCUCCGAUGCCGAGUGCUGGUGACCACAGCUGUGUGGGCAGCCAGCAUCCUGUCCUCCAUCCCCGAUGCCAUCUUCCACAGAGUGUUUCAUUCAGAAACUUCCCGUUGUGAUUAUUCAGAAAUCAAGUGGUACCUGGCCUCCGUCUACCAGCACAACGUCUUCUUCCUGCUCUCCAUGGGGAUUAUCCUGUUCUGCUACGUGGAGAUUCUCAGGACCCUGUUCCGGUCACGGUCCAAACGGCACCACCGGACAGUCAGGCUUAUCCUCACCAUUGUGCUGGCACACUUCAUCAGCUGGGCUCCCUACAACCUGGUCCUGUUUGUGCAGUCACUGUUGAAACUGGAGGUCAUCCAGAGCUGUAAGCUCAUCCAGCAGCUGGAUUAUGCCUUGCUCAUCUGCCGCGAUUUUGCCUUCUCCCAUUGCUGCUUCAAUCCAGUGCUCUACGUCUUCGUUGGGGUCAAGUUCCGCAGACACCUCAAAAGUCUGCUCCGGCACUUCUGCCGGUCACAGGGGUCUUCCCUGUUACCUCACUCCCCAAGUGCCUUCCACUAUGAGGGCGCUUCCUUCUACUGAAAGGGAGUUUGUGCUGCAGGUAGAGAUUGACAGAGGAGCUGGAGGGGGAGCAAAGAGAAGUGGUGCAGGAAGGAGCACUUCAGAAGACACAAUAGAAGACGGAAUGCUACGGCGUCCCAGGGGUAAGGGCAAAUGCAAUACAUUCCACCAGGUACAUGGCCCCUCUUCUGCAGAAAAGUGGAUCCCUACCUGCAAAUUUUAUAUCGCCAUUGAGAAAAACAUUUCUUGUAUUCUGAGUUCAUCAUUCAUUCCUUCAUUUACUCAUUCAUUUAGACAUGGAUUUCUUAUCAUUGCGUAGUUCAGAAGGUUCUAAAACAUGAAAGGGUUCCCAGAAAGGAGCAUCCUUCAAGACUUGAUGAGGGCCUGAAACUCACUGUGUGUGAUAAUUAUGCCCCAGUCACUCACACUCCAAACCUGAGUCAUCUUCGAGCCCUGUAUUUCCUUUCCCUCCACUUCCAUGGCCAAGAUCUGUUGCCUCUGCCUGCUCAGUGUCUCUCAGAGAUGUUCUUGCCAUCACAUGCCCAUGGAUUUAUUCCCAAAUGGCCUCACUUACUUAGCAUCUUCCUGCUGCUCAUCUCUUUCCCCACCAAGUGUCCUCUGCGUUGAACCCAGAGUGCUUCAAAACCCUUAGUGGCUUUCAAAGCCCCUACAAUCUAGUGCCAAUUGACUUUUCCAUUCUUAUUCCCCCCUAAGCUCCCACCCCCAAUGAGCUUGGGAUCCAACCACAAAAGACCACUGGGUGGGGUACCAGUGAAGGGAUAAAGCUCUAGGGGGCUAACUAACCAAUAGAUGGGGCCAUUACUCACCGCCAAUGGAAGAAAUAGCAAAGAAAGGAGACCAUGAGAUGGUUACAGGUCAGAGAUAAGCCUAUGGGCUUCUGUCAGGCUAAUCAUUCGGCACCUCCUCAAACAGAUAGUAUUAAACUUUUGUUCAACUUUUAUUUAGAUGUCAGGCUCAGCCCAGGGAGCAGAAGGGCAAAGGAUUCCAGCUCACACACCCACCUGGCCAAACCAAAGCACCAUGGGUUUUGAGCCCGCUCUUCUUAGAAGGCAGGUUCUGGGGUAUCACCACAGAGCAUGUCCUUAGAGAAGCUUGCUUCACUGUCUACACCCUAUCCCAUUCCUUCACAUCCUAAGAUGCUUAUCCAAAUAUUCCUUUCAACAACACACAGCCACAUCCCUUGGGGCACUUCAUUAAAUACAAUCAUGCCCUUCUCUUUACAUCUCUAGUGAUGUUUUGGCACUCCCAAUAGACUAGCUCUCAGGGUGGUGUUUAAGCAAGGUCUUCUCCUAAUCCAGCUUCUUGGAAAUCCAAGGGAAGCGGCACAGAGACAGGAAGGUAUCAACAGGAAGAUAGAGGGGCAUCCUACCAGAAAGGACUUUGGGUGAGACCCGUGACUGCACUCUACAUUCUCUGACCACACCCUUCAUUGGCCACAACCUUCUGCUCUCCCUUCCCUCUAUCCACUGAAACCACUGUUAGACCUCAGGUGGGCUCUUGUAGACCUAUCCCUCCCUCUCCAGUUGAAAAAUGGUGCCCUGGACACAAGGCUGCAGACCUGCCACUCCCGGAACAUAAAAAAUCUACAGCGGGUCCUGGGGAAGAUCCUCUUCCCAGGGUUUCCAUCUCCAUCCUCUCUCAAAUAAAAUCAAGAAGAGAGGAGCCUUGCUGAUUCCUGAGAGGAAUGGGCCUCCAAGCCCGGGGCAGCCCCAGACCUCAGAUGACCUCAGCCAGAGUGGCACUUCCUCAGGGACACAACCUGUGUUGCAUGUCUAGAACUUUCCUUGGUGCCUAGUAAUAUUUGUGGUUGGUUAUGUGGAUAGGAGACCAUAGUUUUGGCUUUUUUCUACUUCUGUUUCCUCUUCUGACACUUGCUUAUAUUAUAUCUUCUCGUCAACUCCAAGUAUCAUCUAUGGGCUUCCCAUGAAUUGUUCUCCAGAGCCCACCGGCCCAGGCAUCACCUGGUUUGUUGAACUCCUAAUGGUUUUCACUUGUGAAAGCUGCCUGUGACAGGACAAAGAGACCCACAAGUAUGGAAAGCCCAGUAGGACAGAUUUUCAAAGUAAACUGGCUGAGAAAGCUCUUGGAAUUUGAGCCCUGGCCCCAAACCCCAAUACCAAGCUCUUUUACUUACCCACUGUGACUUCGGGCCUCUCAGAGCCUCAGUGUCUUCAUCUGUAAAACUGUAGAAAUGUUGACAACACAAAGACAGACUCUACUCACGUGAUGGAGGUAUCCAUGAAGCCAUGUCUGUAAAAGUAUUGCUUUGCAAAUCAUUCAGCCCCGACUAAUUUGAAUUACUAUUGCUGUCAUCUCAUAAAAACAGAAAGCAUCAUUGUAUCAUAUGCACAAA